UCUUUCAGCUAAUCUCUCUUCUUCUGCCUCUGUCCUCUUUUAUAUCUCUACCCCUCCACUCUCUUCACCCAUCACCUUCACCUAUUUCCCCCACGCCAUUUUUCACUUCUCACUCCUCCUUUUACCCCUCCAUCUCAAUCUCCAAAGUCUAACACGGUCCCCUUCUUGCUUCUUUUCUUCGCCUAUUUCCGGGUAUCUGGGGUUUCAUGGUCUUCCUGCAUUUUUCGCCCCAUUUUCUUUUGCCGAAUUCUCUAUGGUCCCUUGUUCUGUAAUCUCUUGACACAGCCCCGCCAGUGGAAGCAUUUCGCGUUGACGUACGGGGGUCCCCUUGUUUCCAUGUUUGCACUGUAAUUCUGCAUUAAAGUGGUAGUAAGCUUCGUUUUUCUGCUGAAUUUGAAUUGAAUGGGGAUUGGGAGGAGGGUGGCUGAUAAGAAAGGCGACCACUUUUCUGAAUUACCCGAAGAGACGAAUACCAACAGCAAAUCAAAGAAGAACCGGCGACGUCAGAAGAAGACGUCGCCGGUUCAAAAACUAUUCAAGACUUGCAAGGAAGUGUUCGCCUCUGGUGGGACUGGGAUUGUUCCGCCCCCUCAAGACAUUGAGAAGCUUCGGUCUGUUUUAGAUGCAAUUACGCCAGAGGAUGUUGGCUUGAAGCCUGAUAUGCCAUAUUUCAGGACAACCGCAGCUCAAAGAAUCCCAAGAAUUACGUACCUGCAUAUCUAUGAAUGUCCAAAUUUCUCGAUGGGAAUAUUUUGCUUGCCGCCUUCUGGUGUUAUUCCUCUUCAUAAUCACCCUGGAAUGACGGUUUUCAGUAAACUUCUUUUUGGGACUAUGCACAUCAAAUCAUAUGAUUGGGUGGUUGACUUGCCCCCUCAAACUCCCGCCAGUCUCGAACCAACGGAAAUUCAGAGUUCUGAGGUGCGGUUGGCUAAAGUGAAGGUCGAUGCUGAUUUCACUGCUCCUUGCAGCCCCUCCAUCCUUUAUCCCGCCGAGGGAGGAAACAUGCAUUGCUUCACUGCAGUGACAGCAUGUGCAGUUCUCGACGUUCUUGGCCCUCCAUACUCCGACCCUGAUGGCAGGCACUGCACUUACUACCUUAAUUACCCCUUUUCCAACUUUUCAGUGGAUGGAAUGUCCUUAGCAGAAGAGGAAAAGGGAACUCAUGAGUGGCUACAAGAGAGGGAGAAACCUGAGGAUUUAGAAGUAGUUGGAACCAUGUAUGGAGGCCCAAAGAUCGUGGAGAGCUAAUCUGACACCAUAUGUCACUCAUCUACACCAUCGUCAUGUAGGCGUAGACAAAUUUAAAUUUUCUAUCGGUGGAGGAAGCCGGCUGGGUACCAGCCUUAUCUGAACCGGGGUUGAAACUCGUGUUGAUCUUUGUACUUGUCCUUUUUUCUAGUUCAAUUUUUCAGAUCCUGAUGGAAUAUGAGGCAGCUAGUGACGAUUUCAGCCGACAGUUUUAUUAUUGUUGUACAGAUGAUGAAAACAUUAAAUGAUAAAAGAGAUAUACAGCACCGGAAAUUGAUAUUGGGAUGAAGGUGCGGUGGCCUUGAUGUUUGAAAUUGAGCAGUUGAAUUCACUCAAUCUUCCUUUGGGUGAUUCAGAGAUAAUAAAUAAAAGCAGGAUGAAAUGUAUGAUUCAGCUUCA